UGAGCUCUGCUGCACCGCUGCAAGACGCUGUCCUCGGCAUCAUUCACUUCAUGAUCUGGUGCAAAGUUAAUGCUUCCUCCUCUGCCUGGCAGGUACGGUGCAAGGGGCUUCAUUAUAUCUCUUUAAGCUUUAUUCUAGGGUCUUAACAUAAACAGUUUGUGAUAGUGUGCGUCGCCACUGUGAUCUCUCGACUAGAAAUUAGUCCUGCGUAAAAGUAAACUCAGUCAUCUUAUUUUGCUGCAGCGAUCAGCGGCGUGUUUGUGAGUUUAGAGGCUUCUAUUUUAUUUGUACUUUAUACGACAUGUGCAUCGCCAUAGGUUUCCUAUAAUAUCCUAUUGGUUAUUUUGCUGCGAUUUUAGAUCUGCAGAGAAUCCUUUUUAACCCUGUCAUCUGACUUUAAGCCACAGCCUAGCACUCUGCUUAAAGGUUGGCGUCUGGUGUAUCCAGUAAGAGGGGCAGAAAACAAGGCUGCUGGGCCUCAUUCCGGUUCGGGACCUUAAUCAGAUUAUAGACAAAACAAUUUGAACUGUUGAUAAUAGACUGCUGAAGUCUGGGUUCAUGCCGGAUUUUGAGCACUUCAGAUUUUCCUAUUCGAGCAUGAAUCCGGUCCUGGGGGAGAGUGGCUUCCUGGCCCCGCAGCAGCACCACCACCAGAUGACGGGCCAGAACGACUCCGCCAUCAUGGAGCCAGGCUACUUCCUGGGGGACCACGGUGGCUUCGGGCCUGAUGGGUUGUCUGGGCUGGACCUGGGCUCCUUUCCGCCUUCGGGCCUCGCCUACCUGCACCUGGGCAACCCCCUGCUCCGAGGGCCCCCUGCGGCCACGGCGCUGCGCAACGACCUGGGCUCCAACAUCAGCGUCCUGAAGACCCUGAACCUGCGCUUCCGCUGCUUUCUGGCCAAAGUGCAUGAGCUGGAGCGCAGGAACAAGGUGCUGGAGAAGCAGCUGCAGCAGGCUCUGGAGGAUAACGGUGGAGGGGAUGGACACCAGAAGCCACAGACUAAAGAUAUGGGGGUCCAGACUGGAUUUAUCGGGCCUAUUCAAGCCAGACCGGGCUUCAUCCCGCUCCACAACGCCAACAACUCGGCCUACCUACCCGGAGGCCUCCUCUCCCCCACCCUGAACCCCCCUCCCCUCUUUGACAACAAACACCUGUUGGGGAACAAUCUGAACCCGAGCUCACUAUCCACGGAUUCAAACUCCAACAUCACCACUUCCGGUUUCUCCAUCAGCCCGGCCCUGAGUCCUAUUGACCCGUCCAAAACCAUCACCAACAUCAACGAGAAGUACACCUCUCACACCGGGACGAACACCAACUUCAUCACUGCUCCUCCCCCCCGCUUUCUCCCCGGGACGCUCUGGUCCUUCAACCACAGCCGGCGGUUUGGCUCCGGGAGGGAGUCAUGCGUCACAGGCCCCGGGGCCCCCUGGACUCAGCCGGACGGUGUCGGGGUCCAAAUCGACACCAUCACACCGGAGAUCAGGGCCCUGUACAACGUGCUUGCAAAAGUGAAGAGGGAAAGAGACGAGUACAAGAGAAGAUGGGAGGAAGAGUACACAGCCAGAAUGGACAUGCAGGAGAAGGUGGCUGAACUGGAGGAGGAACUGCAGGAGAGCGAGGUGUGUCAGGAUGAGCUGGCGAUGAGGGUGAAGCAGCUGAAGGCCGAACUUGUUCUCUUUAAAGGACUCGUCAGCAAUAACCUGUCAGAUCUGGACAGUAAGAUCCAGGAGAAGGCCAUGAAAGUGGACAUGGAUAUCUGCCGCCGUAUCGACAUCACCGCCCGCCUCUGUGACGUGGCCCAGCAAAGAAACUGUGAGGACAUGAUCCAGAUGUUCCAGCAGGUGGCCACGCCCCCCUCCACUCUGGGUGGGCGUUCCAGAAAACCAAGCGGCCAGUCAGCAAAAUGCGGGGACGGAGACGAUCUGAGCAUGUCUGAAAGCGAGGGAGGCGGGGCUAAAGAUGAGGACUCGUGCAGCACAUCAGCCAAUCAAAUCAACGAGCAGAUGCAGAGGAUGCUGAAUCAGCUGAGGGAGUGUGAGUUUGACGAUGACUGUGACAGUCUGGCCUGGGAGGAAACAGAGGAAACCCUUCUGCUCUGGGAGGAUUUUCCUGGAUACCCACUGGGAGUGGAAACACAGGGAGAGCUGCAGCAGCAGGAGGAGUCCAUCGAGGAGGUGAUUAAAGACACAGAGUGCAUGUUCAAAUCCAGAGAGAAGGAAUACCAGGAGACCAUCGAUCAGAUAGAGCUGGAGCUGGCUACAGCUAAGAGCGACAUGAACCGUCACCUGCACGAGUACAUGGAGAUGUGUUCCAUGAAAAGAGGACUGGACGUCCAGAUGGAGACCUGUAGGAGACUCAUCACACAGAGCGGCGACAGGAAGUCGCCCUCGCUCAUCACACUGACGGUGGACGACUCCGACAGCGAGGAGAAGAAAAUGCCGGCCCUCCCUGCCGAGUCUGAGACGAGCAAACCUUACUGCGACGCUGCCAUCCCUCCCCUCACCUGGAGGAAACCCUAACAACACACACACACACACACACACACACACACACACACACACCCUGCUGGUAAAUAAUCACUCCAAAUCUCUUUUCUUCAUUCAGUGCCGAGUCUAAAUUGUGGUUGUGUUUCGCUAACCAUGAAACUUCCAUACACCUAAAAUUAUCCUUGGUUUUGGUUUUUGUAGACUUAUUUUAAAACCAGCAGGUGUAAAAUGUUCUCUUUGAAAAGCAUCCAGUCUGAUGUUUGGUCAUUUCCACUUGCUGCCAACCUGAGCAGAUACAUUUAAACAAAAAGGUGGGCUUAAAACUGUGUAGAUUAAACAAAACCGGAUUUGCUUGCAAAGCUUUUACCUUAUGGUAAAAUAUAGAAAGAUUUGAGCUUCAUAAAAAAGGACAAAAAAUGUAUUGAUGACCCUCUGCUGUCCUCCUGUGGUUGUCAGUGGUAAUUGCACCUCAGUGAAGGUCAAACAGAACAAAAUGGCACUUUUUCACUGGUUCUGUUCGUCGAAUAAAAGGAUUUUUUUUAUUUUGCACUAUGACAUUGAUAUUUAAUGAUGUAUCUGAUUUUUUGCAGAGUUUCUCUUAUCAUGCAUUUUCAGCUGCCAGCGAACAGAGAGGCAGCGACGCACAAGUAAUACAUACUUAUGUUCUGAACAGUUUUACUUAUUAUUUACAAUAAUGGAAUGCUUUUUCUUACUUUUUGAUUUGAUUUCAUUUGGUGUAAUUCUGUCAUGUGCAAGAAUAGCAGAAGUUUUAACCCUAAACUGUGAUCCAAUUGACAUUUUCUGGGAUAUUACCGAACGUAAGUUAGGAUCCAACUUCAAAAAUCCUAUUAGACAGAUGUUGAACUAUCAAAACCCUACUUGCCUUAAACUGAUACACCACAUUUUAGAAAUAUCACAGAUUCUCUGAACUAAAGUGAAAGUUAUUCAGGAACACUGUCUAGAAAAUGCAUCAUUCAUUUAAAAAGUGAAUAUUUGGGAACUCCACUUCAGAUUUCUGAAUGUGAAAUAGAAAUUCACGAUGAUAUAUUUAGCUGCUUAGUCGGCCAUAUAUGAGGAUUUUCUCUGAUAUAACAUGUAAAAAAGUUGAGGUAGAUUUCUUAUUUUGCCCAGUGAAUAUGUACAUUUUGCAUUGGAUUUGCAUCUGCCAGUUGGCCAUCAUGAUUACAGUAUGCAUAUUAAUAUGCUAAUUCCACAACAGAAGCUCGAUAAUUAGGUGGAACAAAUAUGUGCCUAUAUUGGAUAUCGGCAAAGUCCAAUUUCAAGCAUAAAUAAUUUCAAACAAAAUUUUUGCUGAGAUUUUUGGAUAAUGUUACUUUAAAUCUGUCACAAACACACACUUAAUAUAAUUGUUUGUUUUACAUUUGGGAAGGCACCUCGUAUAAAAGGACAGAUGUAGGACUGUAACUCCUUAUUUAUUAAUCUUGCAAGUACUUUCUAGCGAAUGUCAAAUAUGAAGUGUAAAAAUGUCUUGAUAGCCAAAAGCUUAAUAUCUUCAGUUUACUACUAAAGAAGACUCAAACAAGCUAAUAUCUAUACUCGACGGUCUGGAACUGGUGAAAUGCCUGGAAACUACUAAUUGUUUCAGUUCUUGACAUAUCAACUUAUAAUUAAUAUGCUAAUUAAAUCAUUGUGUAAAGAAAGAUGUGACAUGAUGUUAAGAUUAAUAUGCUAUUUAGAGACACUAGGCAAAAACAGAAAUCUAAAGGGCAUUUUAUUUUUGUUUUACAAAAGCUAAAACCUAUUUUAAGAAUAUACGGUUUGUAAAGGCUAAGUAAUAUUGUAACUAAUGUACAUAACAGGGCUGUGUAUAAUGCUUGUAAGCUUCAUGUUCUAUAAUGUAAAUUAAGCAGAGGUCAAUGCAAUUGUUCAUUUGAUUUAUCGUUUAAUUUAGGGUUAAUCAUUGCUAUUACUCUCAACUAAUUUAGACUUAUUUAAUUAUCAUAUCAGUUCAUCUGGCACGAAUAAAGUUUGAAAAGGGUUUUUUUGGGGUUUCAGAGCAAAUAUACCUGCAAUAAUGAUAAAAAGUUAAAUUAAGCUGAGUUUUCCUGUUUCCUGUGAGUUUAUGAGUGUAAAUACGCCAAGGAAAGAAGCCGUUUUGCAGGAGGAGGAGAUGAUUUUUUCAGUAGCUGCUUCUCUGUCUUUGUUGAUAUUAUGUGUUCCAAAGGUUCACCCAUUCAAACACUGAAACAUGUUUCAUUAAAUGAAUGUCUGCUGAGUUAAUAACCUGCCAUGUUCACCCGGUAACCAGAUCCAUGAAAGGAACUCUUAGUUCUUGGAGAAGAAAUGGACUAUUGUGAAAAAUAAGUCCUUUAAUGUCAAGGAAAAGCAAAGCUAAAGCAAAGUGAACGUCACCCAACUUAUGAAACUGUAAGUGCGCUUCAACUGAACUGUUCUAUACUGUCUGAAUGUAAAUACCAUUUGAAAAACAAUAAUAAAUCAAAUUGUAAAAAACAUUUAAAGGCUUCAUGAAACAGGAAAUAUAUACGGCAGGACGCAAGAAUUUCAUCAACAUGUAUUUGAGCAAAGCACUAUGAACACUGCUGCAAUAACCAGACUGGACAAAAAACUGUUGAUUGUGCAGACUGUCUGAGCCUGGAUCGCCUGCUCACUUCACAGCUCAAACUACUUAUUAUUUUUAAUGGGGUCUUUAAUGUUGUUUCUUUGUGUCACGAGGCUGUAUGUUUGAUCAAUUUAAUGAAAAAUGAAAUAUUGCACAGAAUAAAAACAUUGAAAGAGAGUGUUUGCAUGCUUAACUCAAGGACUAUAAAAUGUACUAUUUGUCCUGGAUUGGUUGCUUUAUUUGACUCUAAAAAUAAAAAAAACUUAUUUUUA